UUGCACCUUGACCUUGCCCCGGAGAGAUCGACAUUUGCCACAGGCCGGCAGCGCGAGGCUGUAAGGUGGGCGUUGAGGACAUCAUUGACAACGGAUUUCAGCAGCAAUCCAGACUUCUUCCUCCAAUCGCCUGACGUUGCUGGAAGAUCAUGGCGAAGGUGGUCGCGUUCGCAGAUAGGUGCGAGAUUAUCCCGCCAUUGGUGUUCGCACAAGCCUCCUCGCCAAUCACGAUCGCGGGUAGAUCGCUGCCUUCGCCCUCUCUGGCCUCCUUUGGCGUCAAUGUGUCCACUGCAUCCAUUCCGCAGCUUCGAGGAUUGAGAAGACCCAGAUUGUUUGGCAGCGCCUCCGAGCCCGGUCCCUCAUCUGCUGUCGAUUCCUCAUCCACCAGCACCACCGCACCAAAGGAAAAUUUGGCCUCCUUCUCCAGCGGGGCUUCCCAGGCCGAAAGUGCCGCUGAGGAUGAACACUCGAGGAAAGGCCUCAAGGCACUGUUUCGCCGGUCCUUGAGUGGCUCAAGAGUCGCUUCGACGCAGUACAAGCCGAGCAUCCAGGAUCAGCCUUCUUAUCUGCCGUCGGCUCUUGUCGCCGAGUCAUCCGUGGGCAAGAAGCAGCCUGCUUCGGCGUGCAACUCCAACGCGGUCGCUUCAAAAGCGGCCGUUGCCGAACUUCAUGAACCAGACUUGGCCACGGAAACGCCUGCAUCAACCUCCUAUUCGGCAUCGAGGCCGACGAAUGGAGAUGGCCGUGUUCCGAUAACAGAGCUUGGGCAGACAGCCUCGAGCCAAGGGACUGGCGGAACAGAGGCGAUCGAGGAGGAUGGACCGCAAGCGGAAUUUGCUGCGCUGAUGCUGCAACCCGAACACAGCCAUCCUGAGCCCGUUGCGCCAUCAGAGAGCUUCGCUAGCUACAUCCUCGAUCCGACUUUGGACGUGCCGGAUCCUGUUGCGGGCCCUCUAGCACACAUUUCACCCAGCGGCAGUCUGGCGCUGAGACCCAAGCCUGUGAUGAAGCCUCUUGCUUUUGGCCCGGGCGCCGAGGAUGGUCAGGGUACCGAAGCUUCUGAGCAUGUGGGCCAGUCUCGAAGCACUGUUGGCGAAGAAUUCUUGAUCGGCAAAGGUGAAUCUCUUGUCAAGACGCCUUCGCUGCCGGGUAGUCUGCAGGCUCCGAAGCGCCUGCGCUGUCCUCCGAUGCGAAGUGCCGUCAGGGGCGACGAGUCCGUCAGUGGGGCAUGUGUAUGCGCCGACUGCGAUGUGAUUAUGCUAGCGGCAUUGCAGACCGAUUAUCACGCGCCCUGGUCACGUAGCGCUCGUCGCAAGUAUCUGGCAGACCGAGCGCAGCGGAAAUUGAUCCUGAAGCAGAAGCUCAGUGCCAGACAGUUGAAUUUCUCCGACACCGCACGUCCUCCACCCAGCGGCAGCACGAGCGUAUCCCCGAGCAUAUACAGCGUGCGCUUGCCUAGCCCUCCACCUUCGGAGACGUCUGGCGAGCCUGCAGAGGUUCUCACGGAAAACGCAAAGGGUGUCGCAGAUGUGGUCAGUACUGGGCAGAUUGGACCCGCGUUGGGUCUCAAGAUUGGACUGCAGGCAGACGAGGUGGAUCAAAAGCUUGGUGGGUCUGCUGUCAGACCGAAGCCAGAUCAUUCCAAUGAUGCUCAUCGGGGUCUCGAGAGUGAAGCACCGGAUCUGCCCCCCGUCACGGUGCUAGCGACCGCAGAAGAUUGGAAGGCGGUACUCUUGUCUGGCGAUGAUGAGGAUGAAGCACCUGAGAGCACGCCCAUGGACGCAGAUCUGAAGGCCGAGAUAGCCCACGAAGCAAGUUUGAAAGCGCUCAUCGACGGGACCACCACAUUGGCAAGAGCAACAUCGCUUGGCCACUCAAAGUCGGCUUCAGACUCUGCUCCUGUGAUCUCUCGCUCGAAAGACGUACGGGAUCCAGUAGCCGCCAGAGAGUACUCCGCCACGCCACCUCCUCGAAAGCCUAGUCCGAUGGGCGCAAGGGCCAUGCUGAGACAGCUCGAACUGGCCGAACUGCAAGAAUCUCGAGCCGCGGAAGAACGAGAUCGCAGAAAACGACUCAGCUUGGAUAGCGCGGCCCCUCCCCCGAAAGUACCGAUGGGCGCAGUCAUCGACGCUCCCAUACGACCAUGGACCCCACCAGUGAGAAUCGGCUCGCCAGAGGCGAGACGCCUUGCGGAAGCUCGGCAGAUCGACAGAGCUGGCUCGCCAGGGACUAGCACCUUUUCCAGCAUGGCAAGAGCAAUCACGCCCGAUGCCCUCCGAUCAGGCACCCCACCUGUGCGCGCUCCUUCACCGGGCCGUUUCCCCACGGGCCCAAACUUGAUGCGAUCGCCUUCACCUCUCAGUUCAGGCUUGCCCGGCCGAGCUCCGUCACCAGGGGCGCGUGUAGCAAUCGAAUUGACCCAGCCUACACCUUCUGCGACGGGCAACGCAUCUCCUUCCUGGCCCUCCUCCAUCCUCGCCCAUCCCCCGCCGGCCAGAUCUCCAUCACCUAGAAAUUCCGCCCUGCACGCCAUGAUGUCUGCUAACGUCCCGCCAACGCCGACCUCUAGCUCCCACGUCCUCGACAGCAUCACCGAGUCCGAUGCUGAUGCUGACUGGGUAGACGAGAUCUCUGCUAAUGCACCCCAAGUUUCAAAGUCUGUGAUUGAGUCUCAAGCUCGCAAGGCAUAUCUGUGCCCAGCAGUCGAGAUCCAGCAGCCAUCACAUCACGCACGCGGUCUGUCAUCCACCGCAUCUGUUCAGCAGGCCUCCUCGGCCAUCAACAACCAUGUUUCUCCCGCACUUGAGCUCUCGGAAGCGGAUCUAGCUGCUGCCGAUCGUUUGCCCGAGCAGAUGUUGAAAAGCGAUGGUCUCCUGCGAAGGAACGGUGCUCCACCGGCGUAUCCAAGACGUGCCAACAGCGGCGGUAUCCAGACGUCCACGGGAAGUUUGGGUCGACCGCCUUCACGAGGAAAUGAUGCUGCAGACGCAAAGCGGCCAACGAGCCCUACCAGUCCGAGAUCGCGCUCUGCAGCUCCAUCGCACCGUCGCGCAAGCUCCUUCUUAUCGGUCAUUGCAGGCACAUCGAAUUCUCUGGGAGCUGGAGGACCCGUGCCCGUUGGCCUUGCUGGCUCGAGCAGCGUAUCACGUCAGGCGUCGUCUUCUCCCUCCAGGCCCGGAAUGAGCCCUUCUGAGUCGAAUGGCAGCUUCAACAGUCGGGCUAGUGGAGCACCUUCGGACGCCUCAGAUACCUACUUUCCAGUGACAAGCUCCACGUCUGCUUCGUCGACCAGGAACGGCCGAUCGAGACCGCAGACGGCAGACUCUACACGCGCAACUCAACAAAGAGUUGGAGGAGAUUUGACCGUCGAGACGAAGCGAAACUCUCUAUCGAAUAGCCCAAAUCGAGCUGGCAAUGCCGCCUCUGCUACGGAUCGCAAGCGGGACAGCCUGUUCGGCGGUCUCAAAGCCAAGUUCAGAAGCGGGGACUGAAGGUGUCUUGAUUCGGAUCAAUCGUUUGGCAGUUUGUACCCGAGUCUGUAGCCUCUUGGAGAGCCUUCUA